AUGGCCUUGAGCGAGGAGCUGGCCCCGGGCGCCCCGGCGGACGUGGCGGAGGACCGGGCGGAGGAUGCGGCGGAGGAUGCGGCGCUGGCCCGCGGCGCCGCCCUCGAGUCGUUCGGAGAGAGCGCGGAGACGCGGGAGCUGCUCGGCCGCCUGCCCGCGGUGCUCGGCGACCGCGCGGCUCGGGAGGGCGCCCUGGAGCGGUUCCGGGUCAUAAUGGACAAAUAUCAGGAGCAGCCUCACCUGUUGGACCCACACCUAGAAUGGAUGCUAAACUUGUUGCUGGGAUUUGCGCGGGAUAAGACAUCUCCAGCUGAGCUCGUUCAUCUGGCUUUUAAGUUUCUGUAUAUCAUCACCAAGGUUCGAGGAUAUAAAACGUUUCUUCGUUUAUUUCCACAUGAGGUGGCUGAUGUGCAGCCAGUCUUGGACAUGUGUGCGAGUCAGAACCCUAAAGACCAUGAAACCUGGGAGACACGCUACAUGCUCCUCCUGUGGCUCUCCAUGACCUGCCUCGUCCCUUUCGACUUUUCACGCCUGGACGGACACCACCGGUGCGGGCGGGUGUCCACCAUGGACCGGAUCCUCCAGAUAGCAGAGUCCUACCUGGUCGUCAGCGACAAGGCCCGCGAUGCAGCCGCUGUCCUCGUGUCCAAGUUUGUCACGCGGCCUGACGUCGGGCGGGAGAAGAUGGCGGGGCUCCUGGACCGGAGCCUGUGCACGUUGGCCCGCUGCUCCUUCCGGACCAUCGAGGGCGUCAUCACCAUGGACGGGACGCUGCAGGCUCUGGCACAAAUAUUUAAGCAUGGAAAACGAGAAGACUGUCUACCCCAUGCUGCCACCGUUCUCCAGCGCCUGGACGCCUGCAGACUCCCGGAGAGCAACCAGACCCUGCUCCGGAAGCUGGGGGUGAAGCUCGUGCAGCGGCUGGGCCUGACCUUCCUGAGGCCGCGGGUGGCCAAGUGGAGGUACCGGCGUGGCUGCCGCUCCCUGGCAGCAAACCUGCAGCUCUGUGCCCAGAGUCCGAGAGAGCCUGGGACCCAGGCUGAGACCCUCGACAGCGACAGCGACGGCGAGGACGACGUCCCCGAGGAGGUGGAGAGCGUGAUAGGGCAGCUGCUGGUUGGGCUGAAGGACAAGGACACGAUCGUGCGCUGGUCUGCGGCCAAAGGAAUCGGAAGGAUGGCGGGGAGGCUCCCCAGAGAGCUGGCCGAUGACGUGGCCGGGUCCGUGCUGGACUGUUUCAGUUUCCAGGAGACGGACGGCGCCUGGCAUGGCGGGUGUCUGGCGCUGGCGGAGCUGGGCAGACGAGGCUUGCUGCUCCCUUCCCGACUCUCGGACGUGGUCCCCGUGAUCCUGAAGGCGCUGACCUACGAGGAGAAGCGGGGCGCCUGCAGCGUGGGCGCCAACGUCAGGGACGCCGCCUGCUACGUGUGCUGGGCCUUCGCUCGCGCCUACGAGCCUCAGGAGCUGAGGCCCUUCGUGGCUGCGAUUUCGAGCGCGCUGGUGGUCACUGCCGUGUUCGACCGAGACGUGAACUGCCGGAGAGCAGCCUCCGCCGCUUUCCAGGAGAACGUGGGGAGACAGGGCGCUUUCCCGCACGGGAUUGACGUUUUGACGGCCGCCGACUACUUUGCCGUGGGCAACAGAGCGAACUGUUUCCUGGUCGUAAGCAUGUUUAUCGCCGGCUUUCCCGAGUACACACAGCCGAUGAUAGAGCACCUGGUUGCCAUGAAGAUCAACCACUGGGAUGGGGUCAUCAGGGAGCUGUCGGCGAAGGCGCUGCGGAACCUGGCCCAGCGGGCACCCGAGCACAGCGCGCGCGACGUGCUCCCGCGCCUGCUGUCGCUGACGCAGAGUCCGGACCUGCACACUCGGCACGGGGCCGUGCUGGCCUGCGCGGAGGUCGCCCGCAGCCUGUGCGCGCUGGCUGAGCAGCAGGGCAGGCCCACCUCGGACUUCUUGGACGAGAAGGUUGUGCAGGGCCUGAAGCAGAUCCACCAGCAGCUUUACGACCGUCAGCUGUACAGGGGCCUGGGAGGAGAGCUCAUGAGAAGAGCAGUGUGCAUCCUGAUAGAAAAUCUGUCCCUUUCCAAGAUGCCCUUCAGAGGGGACGCCGUGGUCGGCGCUUGGCAGCAGCUGGUGGACGACACGCUGAGGAGCCUGCCCCUCGUUUCCAGUCCCUCCCGGCAGCAGAUAAAGGACGCGGCCGUGUCGGCGCUGGCGGCUCUUUGCGACGCGUACUACACCCGGGAGCCGGAGGCCGACCCCGCCGUGCAGGAGGAGCUGAUAUCGCGGUACCUGGCCCAGCUUCAGAGCCCCGAGGAGAUGACUCGCUGUGGCUUCGCGCUGGCCUUGGGCGCCCUGCCCCGCUUCUUCCUGAAGGGCCAGCUCCAGCGGGUUCUGGACGGCUUGCGGGCCGUGACACGCAUUUCUCCGGAGGAUGCGGGCUUCGCGGAGUCCAGGCGGGACGCCCUGAAGGCCAUCACCAGGAUCUGCCAGACCGUCGGCGUGAGGGCGGAAGGGGCCCCCGACGAGGUCGUGUGCCGAGAGAACGUGCCCCAGAUUUACUGCACAAUGCUGGACUGUCUGAGCGACUACACCACCGACAGCCGCGGGGACGUGGGGGCGUGGGUCCGUGAGGCCGCCGUGACUGGCCUGAGGGACCUGACUCUGCUGCUGGGGAGGGGCGAGCCGGAGCUGAUCGAGGCCCCCGUCUGCGAGCGGGUCAUGUGCUGCUUAGCCCAGCAGGCGAGCGAGAAGAUUGACCGGUUCCGUGCGCACGCGGCCCGCGUGUUCCUGGCUCUGCUCCACUUUGACGGCCCCGCCAUCCCCCAUGUGCCCCACCGGCAGGAGCUGGAGAGGCUCUUCCCCAGGUCCACCGUGGCCUCCGUGAACUGGGCUGCACCGUCGCAGGCCUUCCCGCGUGUGGCCCAGCUCCUGGGGCUGCCUGCCUACCGCUACCACGUGCUGCUGGGGCUGGCCGUGUCUGUGGGCGGCCUGACCGAGUCCACGGUCAGGUACUCGACGCAGGGCCUCUUGGAGUACAUGGAGCGGGUGCGGGGCGACCCGCGGGCCCUGGAGGACGUGGCGGGCGCCCUCCUGCGGGUCUUCGAGGACAACCUGCUCAACGACCGGGUGUCCGUGCCGCUGCUGAGGACGUUGGACCAGAUGCUGGCCCACGGCUGCUUCGAUGUCUUCGCAGCCGAGGAGGACCACCCCUUCUGUGUGAAGCUGCUCGCGCUUUGUAAGGAAGAGACCCGGAAGUCCAAAGACGUCCAGAAACUGCGGGCCAGCGUCGCAGUGUUCUGUGGGCUGGCGCAGUUCCCCGGCGACGUGAGGAGGCGGGUCCUCCUGCAGCUCUGCCUCCUGCUCUGUCACCCGUUCCCCGUGAUCCGGAAGAGCACGGCCAGCCAGGUGUACGAGAUGGUGCUGACCUACGAGGUGGUGGCCGCCGACGUCCUGGACGAGGUCAUGGCCGUGCUCAGCGACACAGCCUGGGACGCCGAGCUCCCGGUCGUGAGAGCCCAGCGGAACCGCCUGUGUGACCUCCUCGGCGUGCCCAGACCUCAGCUGGUCUCCAAGCCUGGUGCCUGCUGAGGCUGGGCCCCCGAAGCGGAGCCUUGCGUGCCUGGCGGAGAAGAGCUGGGCCGCGGUCGGCGCAGAAGACCUGCACGGAAGGCGGCCUGGCAGGGCCUGAGGGACCCGGGGUUGGUCCCCGGAGGCGGCCUUGCCUCACAUGCAUCCUGCGCUCCAGGGACCUGGGCUGUUGGUGCUUCUGUCCUGAUCUCAAACCCACGUCUUAUAAAAUCAUGUGCUGAGUGUU